GGAACAGUGCCUGAGAGUGUGCGAGAGAGGGGCUCAUCCCACGCCCAAGCUCAUGUACCAUUUAAUGAGAGAAACCCUAGAAUUCCCUUUCCCUCUUUUUUAUUUUUCAAACACUGUAACUGCAAGAAACACUAUGUGUCUCUCUGUCUCUUUCUCAUCAACCCCGAGUCUUCUUUUUGUCUUUCCACAAAACACUCUAAAUUUCGUAUUUUCUCAUUAGGUAUUUUCCAUUUCCCUUCACUAAACUAAUUCAGGUGCUCUCUUGUAUUUGAUGGUUUUUAGUUUUGCUUCCAUUUGGAUGAUUACAACAAGCUCUCAUGUGAAAUUUUUUCAACCAUAAUUUGUUAUAUAGUCAUGUUGUUUUACAUUUUAUUUGAGAACAUAUACAGAAAUCAAUGAUGGGUUAUUUAAAACUUUUAAAUGAUAAUCAGAAGGAGUUCUAUCGGCAUUUUUCGGAGUUGUUCUCAUUUGAACUCUAAUCUGAAGUUUAUAAGCUGCCCAUUGUCUCUUGGGGGUAAAGAUUAUGAAAGUUCAGUUUUAUGUUUCCGUGUAAGGCAUAAUUUUGGAGUUUUGAUCCCUAAAUUUCUUCAGUCGUGGACAAAUUUGGGCUUUUCUAAUGAUCCUCGAGGCAAUUUUAAGCUUAAUUCUGAAACCCUUUGUUCAACUCUAUCGAACUGUCCAUCUGAUAUAUUGGGUUUAAGCCUUUUCUUGUGGUUUUUUGAGAACCCGUUGUAUUCUAUUGAUGAGAAAUCCCUGGAGUUUGCUGUUGGCACGGUUAAAAGGCUUAUGAACCAAUUUGAGACUGUCAAAGGCCUUAUCGAGGGAUUACAGGGGAUAGGUUCAUCCUCAAGGGCUCGGAUUUUUAUUCUUUUGCUUAGGGUUUUUUGGCAUGGCAACAUGUAUGAUUAUACAUUGGAUACUUUCGAAGUGAUGCAGAAUUUUGGUUACAUCCCCAACACCUUUGCUAGGAACAUGGUAAUUGAUGUUUUGUUCAAAAUGGGUAGUGUUAAAGUGGCAUUAUCAGUUCUCAGAGAUACCCAAUUCCCAAACUUCUUGUCAUUUAAUAUUGCGAUUAGUAAUCUCUGCAGGUUAAAUGAUUGUUCUGGGGUACAGCAGCUUCUGAGAGGCAUGGUGGCUAGGGGAUUUCGCCCAAAUUACGGUACUUAUGCAAUGGCCAUAAGUUGUUUUUGCAAGGCUGGGAAGGUCAUGCAAUCACUACAGGUAUUGAGCCUCAUGAUUGUUUCAGGCGAAGAUGUUACUGUACCUAUUUGGACUGUUUUAAUAGGUGGGUUUCUUAAGGUUGGGAGUGUUGGUAUUGCAAUUGAAUUUUUAAAGAAGAUGGAUGAUGUUGGGUGCUUGCCUAAUAUUAUUACAUAUACAUCUAUAAUUCAUGGUCUUUUUCAAGCAAAUAUGUUUGAUCAGGCACUUGAUGUUUGGAACUCUAUGGAAGCAAAACGUUUUGUGCCUGAUUUAAUUUGUUAUAACAUACUCAUUCAUUGCUUUUGCAAAGUGGGGAGAUAUGGAGAUGCAUUACAUUUAUUUCAUGAGUUGAGGAGGAGAAAUCUGCAACCAGAUUCAUAUACUAUUUGCUCUUUGGUAUCAGGCAUUCAUUCGGUGAUGGAGACAUCUUUCUUUUCCAAGUUGGUUUCAGGGAUUAGUGUAAAUCUUGACCUUAUGGCAUGCAAUGCUAUGCUAAAUUGUCUUUCCAAAGUGGGUUAUUAUUCUAAAGUAGGGGAUCUUUAUAAUGAAAUUGUAGAUGAAGGUUUUGUGCCAGAUAAUUAUAGUUAUGCAGCAUUAUUGGAUGGGCUUUGUAAAGCUGGCCAGGUUAGUGAUGCCAUCGAUGUCUAUAAUGGGAUUCUUGCAAACGAUUCUGGUAUUGAUUCUCACGUCCACACUGUUCUCUUUCAUGGUCUAAUUAGAAAAGGUAUGCUUAACAAAGUCUUGCGAUUGUUUAAAAAGGCAUCCUUGGCAAAUCAUCAACUUGAUGUCACUUCUUAUACAGUCCUGAUUAGUGGCCUUUCUAAGGCUGGUAGGUUAGAAGAGGCGUGGAGUUUGUUUAACCGAAUGAAGGAAAUCGGUGUAGUUCCAAAUAUAUGUACAUAUAAUGUCCUAUUAGAUGGCUAUUGUAAGGCCAGAGAUAUUGGUUCUGUUAAGAAGUUACUUGAAGCUAUGGAAUCUGAAGGGAUUGAAAUGGAUUGUUUGUCAUUUAAUACAAUUAUUGGGUUCUUGUGCAAAUCACAUCGGAUUCGGUCUGCCAUUAAUCUUUUCCUUAGAAUGUAUGAAUUUGGACCAACACCCAGCGAAGUCACCUACGCCGUACUUGUUGACGGUCUUUGUCGAGCUGGAAAAGUAGAUGAUGCAUAUCUAUUGCUGGAGAACUAUUUUGAACUUCAAGAGGUUGUGUCACCAUAUUCUGAUAAUUUCCUCUAAGUAUGUGCACUAUUUAGAGGUCUUAAAGCUUGGGUGGGGAUCUGGUAGAUGCACCUAUGCAAAUUUCAAAAUUGAAGGAGGCGCAUUUAUUUUCCAAUACUGUAUUGUCAUGCACUUGUGGAGUUCCCAUUAUUAUGAAGUACAGAACAAGAGUUUGUAGUAGAUUGCAAGUUCCAAGCAUUGGCUGGCCACCAUUUUUUAGAGACUUGAAUAUUGAAUCUUUGAAUAUGUUAAGAUUAAGCAUUGGGCAAGUGGAUUGAUGAUUAGAGUGUUUACAAUCGCAGCACCAUCUCCCAGGAAAGAAACAAAAGGGAGAAUGGUUAGAGGAGGAUUCUAUUUUUUAUUAAUAGGUAAAAGGGAGAGAAUUGACUAUACAUGCCAUAAUCUCCAGUCCAGCUUAUUUUGUACUCCUGCUCGUCAAGCCCAAGGGAUUGUAAAGGAAGGCAUAGAUGUACAGUGUUUAGUCUUCAUUCUUUUUUAGCAUUGCCUUCCCAUAUUCAUAUACCUCGUUCCCCGAAAUUAUCCUCCCUUCAUUGCUUCCUCCACAGUUUUCAUGCAAGCUUGUAUUAGGC